AUGGCCACUUCCACAUUUUCCUCCCUCUCAUGCACUCCCCAAAGCAGAUUGCUAUCCAAUCAGAAGACACACACACCAUCCCCAUCCAUGUCAUUGUUAUCGCCCCAAGUGGGACACAAAAGCCUCUACCACCCUCUAAGACACAAUGUUUCUCCAAUUCCCAUGAUGAAGCCUAAGAGAAUUCGUGUUGGUGGCCUUGUGAAGGCAUCAAUGGAUAAUAAAAACGUUGAGGUAUUCUCCAAGGAACAUCUUGCUGUGUCUUUGGCUAAGUAUGUUGCUGAUCUAUCCAAUAAAUUCAUCAAAGAAAGAGGGUACUUCACUGUGGCUUUGUCUUCUGGCUCUAUCAAGUACCUCAGGAAGCUGGUGGAACCUCAGUAUUAUAACUCUAUCGAGUGGUCAAAGUGGCAUAUAUUCUGGGUGGAAGAGAAAGUGGUGCAAAAGACUCACGUUGAUAGCAACUACAAGCUUACUUAUGACGGAUUUAUCUCCAAGGUGCCAAUUCCUCCACACAAUGUCAACACUAUUGAUGAUGCCUUACCAGCUGAUGGAGCAGCUGAUGUAUAUGAGACAACUCUGAGACGGUUGGUUACAAGCAAUGUGAUAGCUAAAUCAACUAGUGGUUUUCCAAAAUUUGAUCUUGUGCUUUUGGAUAUGGGCCCUGAUGGGCAUAUAGCUUCUCUGUUCCCAGGUCAUCCUACACUCUCUGAGACUAAAAAGUGGGUUACCUUCCUCAAGAAUGCACCUACCCCACCACCAGAGAGGAUCACCUUUACCUUGCCAGUGAUCAAUGAAUCUUCAAACAUAGCAAUGGUGGUCACUGGUGCUGGUAAAGCAGAUGCAGUGUACUCUGCACUACAAGAAGCUCCUAGCGAUUAUAAACUCCCUGUUCAAUUGGUUUCACCUAAAGAUGGAGAAUUCAAAUGGUUCUUAGAUAAGGGUGCUGCUUCAAGGCUAUAUAGGUAGAUCUAAGUAAUUGGUGAAUUUCUAUAUAAGUAUACAAUCAGUUUCAAAAGGGAAAAUAAGGCAUUAAGAUUGGAUUGCUUGCCAUGACCAAAAUUAUAUAAAGGUUUUUUUAUAGAGGUGUUUACUGUAGCUAGUACA